AUGGCUUCCCUGGACCUCUUACCCACCGAGCUUCUCAACCUCAUCGCUCAAAAGCUCCACGUUGAGCAUAUCUCCAACCUCCUUCGGACCUCGAAACGGCUUUAUAACGCGCUGAACGAUGAGCUCUACCGUGAAGCGAGCCGGCGGGACAAUGACGAAUAUGGACAACCAGUAUCGCUUAUCCACGCUGCUUCGUUCGGUGAACCCGCUUCGUUCGAUGGGCUAUUGAGCCGAGUCAAAGAUAUUAAUUCUCCAAUCGUCGAUCUCGAGGGUUACCCGUCGUAUCGCCUGCCCAUUUCCAAAGGAGUGACCAGGAUCACGAUUCUCCAGGCCGUCAGUGCCAUGGGGAAAGAAAACUUGGUCGAAUUACUCAUUGCCAAAGGUGUGGACACGGAAGUGCGAGACAAUGGCCAGCAAACCGCGCUGCACCUUGCUGUUAUACUAAAACAAACGGCUGUGGUCAAAUCGCUCAUCGAAGGGGGUGCCAACGUUUUAGCUUUACAUGGCGCCCAAAACACCGCCUUGGUAUAUGCCCUGCAGUACGGAAGCCUAGCCAUUGCCAGAAUGCUCAUUGCGGCCGGUGGAGCGAAUGUAGAACUCCCUGCUGGGCCCAGCAACCCUGUUUCUCAAACUGUCGCCUACAUGGACCUCUCACUUGUAAAGCAACUUCUGGAGACGUCCUCGGCCUUUUUCCCAGAGCCCUGCCUUACCGACGCCCUUCCGAGUGCCAUCAAGACCGGCAAUGUGGAUAUAAUUCAGUACCUGCUCGAUGCCGGUGCCAAAGCGACACCAGAUGCGUUGAGCGAGGCUUGUGCGGCAGAUAAUUUGCCGGUUAUAAAACUACUCAUCCAAGCUGGGGCAAACGUCAGAGGCCGUCAAAGGACUGGGGCUACCGCUCUUCACAGUGUUUGCAGCUUUGAGGCCGCCAAGCUGCUCUUUAACGAGGCGCCUGAUCUGGGGAGGUUACUCGCUGCCCACCAGCCCGCUGUGGAACAUGUGUAUCGGACUUAUUCCCUCAAUCAAAACCUGGAUAUAAUACUUCUAGUGUUGUUCUUGCUAUGGAAGGGACCACGAGAUCAGGAUCCAGAGGACAGCGGUAAUCGUAUGCGCGCCAUUCACUAUGCGGCGCAGUAUGGCCAUGAAGCAGUAUUAAGAUCAAUUUUGGCCCAACAGAAAUGGCAGGUCUCCACACUCAGUUGCACCGGCGCCACUGCGCUGCACUAUGCCGCAGCCUCCACGUCCGAAUCAAGGCUAAACUGUGUACGGCUCCUGGUCGAGGGCGGCGUGGAUAUGGCCGUGAUGGAUCAACUUGGAAAUACUGCCUUAAAGUCUGUCUUUCUCAAUGGAUAUCACCCACUCAACGCUACAGUCGCCGAGUAUCUUGUUCGCGCUGGGGCUAACCCAUCGCAACGUCAACAAAACGACAAGUCACCGCUUCAUGACGCGCUGUAUCAUUCUGACUCCGAGUCUGCUUUGGUUCUGAUCCAAGCAGGAGCCGACAUAUCGGCUAUGGAUCCUUGUGGAAUGCAGCCGCUACACUUCGCAGCCCUAUUUGGGUGUGCCGAUAUUGUGACAGAACUUGCUCAACGCGGAGUCAACCUAUCUGCUCGAGAUAAUCGGGGGUACACCCCGUUGCAUCUGGCGAUUUCUCAGGGGUUUGAAAAGUAUAGGAACCGGGAAGAUUUUCUCGUAAGCGUGGAACGAGUGAUUACUCGCAAAUAUUCACACGCGCAUACUUCUCACGCUGACCCUGAGGCCCUGCGUGGGAGUAGAUAUCUGGCAGUGAUCAAGGCCCUCUGCUAUACAGGGGCUAAUAUUAAUGCUCAAGCAACCUCAAUGAACCUCAGCCCGGCCGACUUUGUCGGGAUGCAAAGGUUUUGCUGGAACGGAUUCGCACGAAAUGAGGGGCCGUCAACCGAGACUGAACAAGUUGAUGAGACGCUGCAAUCUGCAGACGAGGUCCGCAAAAUCUGGUGGAAGCUGGCUGAAUAUCUCAAUUGGCAGCGGGGUCAACGGUACCAGGUGGUCGCCGCCGGCGCAAUCGCGGGACUGGUCUCGCGAUUCUGCGUUGCACCCCUCGACGUAGUCAAAAUCCGACUUCAGCUCCAGAUCCACUCCCUCUCCGACCCUUUAUCACACCGUCACAUCCACGGCCCCGUAUACAAGGGUACCAUAUCGACCCUCAAAGCCAUAGUCCGUGAAGAAGGCAUCACAGGCCUCUGGAAAGGCAACAUCCCCGCCGAACUCCUCUACGUCUUCUACGGCGGCAUCCAAUUCACCACCUACCGCACCGUCACCCAAGCCCUCCACACCCUGCCCACCGCCCACCGCCUCCCCCAGCCCGCCGAGUCAUUCCUCUCCGGCGCCGUCGCCGGCGGCAUCGCCACCCUCACCACCUACCCCUUCGACCUCCUCCGCACCCGCUUCGCCGCCCAGGGCAACAUCAAGAUCUACCCGUCUCUGCUCUCCGCAGUCCGCACAAUCCACUCGCACGAGGGGUACCCGGGCUUCUUCCGCGGCGCGUCCGCCGCCGUCGCCCAGAUCGUGCCGUACAUGGGCCUGUUCUUCGCCACGUACGAGUCCGUGCGCGUGCCUGUCGCCCAGCUCGAACUGCCGUUUGGCUCCGGCGACGCGACCGCCGGCGUGAUCGCGAGUGUGUUGGCCAAGACCGGUGUGUUCCCCUUGGAUCUGGUGCGGAAGCGAUUGCAGGUGCAGGGUCCCACGCGGUCACGGUAUAUUCAUCAGAAUAUCCCUGAGUACUCUGGGGUCUGGAGUACGAUAAAGUCGGUUGUGCGUGAUGGUGGAGUGAGGGGGCUGUAUCGUGGGCUGACCGUGAGUCUGAUUAAAGCGGCGCCUGCCAGUGCGGUAACAAUGUGGACGUAUGAGAGGGUUCUAAAAACAUUGAAAGAAAUGAAUGCGGAUCCCGUGCGGUAG